UUCACACUCAACCGCCAUCCUGCGCCUGCAAUGGUGGCUUUGUCAACGUCUCUCGUUACACGACCCACAAUGGCGGUGCUGCCAACGCUUUGCCCAAAUGAAUUCAUUGCUAACGGCAGCAAUGGCUUUGACUGCAAUACCUUGAAUUUGGACAAUAAAAAUAGUCUGGGUGUUAUUGGCAACAGUGCGAGUUUGAUUGCAGUGCCUGGCCUUAGCGGCGAUGCUAAUGGGGGUGGGAAUUUCACGCAUACUCUCGACAAUCUGCUGGAUUUUGAACUUGACCCACUGGAGCGUGUCGUGUCUGCUAUUGUGCCGGCGUUCUUUGGUAUCAUCGGCGUUGCAGGACUACUCGGCAAUGCUCUGGUCAUAUUUGUGGUUGCUGCCAAUCAACAAAUGCGCUCCACCACCAAUCUACUCAUCAUCAAUCUCGCCGUCUCCGAUAUAUUGUUCGUGGUCUUCUGUGUGCCCUUCACUGCCGCCGAUUAUGUAUUGCCCACCUGGCCAUUCGGGAAUUUGUGGUGUAAAUUCGUGCAGUAUAUGAUUGUGGUCACCUGCCAUUGCAGCGUCUAUACACUGGUGCUGAUGUCCUUCGAUCGCUUUUUGGCCGUUGUGCAUCCGGUGACGAGUAUGUCAUUGCGUACGGAACGCAAUGCGACACUUGCUAUUGUUUGCGCCUGGGUGCUGAUUAUCACUUCAGCUAUACCAGUGGCUUUGGCUCAUUCGGUGCGCCUCUACUAUUUCAAAGGACGUAAUUACACAGCCUGUGUCUUUUCUACCGAAGAGGAGGGUUGGAGCUUAAUCGGAUUCCAAAUAUCUUUCUUCAUAUCAUCGUACGUUGCGCCACUGACUUUAAUCUGCUUCCUGUAUAUGGGUAUGUUGGCGCGUCUGUGGAGAAGUGCGCCAGGCUGUAAGCCAUCCGAGGAAUCCAGAAAAGGUAAACGACGAGUGACCCGAAUGGUUGUUGUGGUGGUAUUAGCAUUUGCCAUAUGUUGGCUUCCCAUACACGUAAUACUUGUCAUGAAGGCCUUGGAAUGGUAUCCUGGCACCCAUGUCUCAGUUAUAGUACAAAUUAUCUCACAUGUCCUGGCAUACAUGAACUCUUGCAUAAAUCCCAUAUUGUACGCCUUCUUAUCAGACAAUUUCCGCAAGGCUUUCAGAAAGGUUGUUGGCUGUGGCAAUCAACCACUCUUCCCGAUGGCACACCAAGUUACAAAAACAACACGCACCACAGGCAACGUCACAUCCAAUGCUGAAAUGCUGUAAGCCAAGUGCGCGCACACAAAUACAUUUUUACGUUAAUCUGUAUGAAUUCUAGUCAAACAGUUGCCGAAAAACUUGUCUAAGCAG